AGCUAAUAAUGUUUGGUUCCCAUUCAAACCAAACGCUACUUGAUAGACUUAGAAUAUUAACUGGUUAUGGUAAAUCUUUAGUGAAAGGGAAACAAUAUCACGACUGAUGAUUUGAUUCUCACAACCACCUUUUUUAUAGUUUGUAUUUAUGCAAUAUUACAAUAAACACCAUCACUACGUCUGCUGUUUUCAACUUGUGCUCACAACAGCAGUUAUCAUUUAAACUUUAUAAUUUAUAAUUCAACUCAUCAUUUUUGUGAAUUCCACCAAUUUGUAAAAUGGACUGUCCAAUUGAAGAUGUCGAUAAGAAAGAUCCAGUUGUAGAACAAAAUACUGACGUAAAUUUCGUUUAUAAUGAUACUGAUGAAUACAGUGUAGAAAUUGCUGAAUUAUAUAGUUAUUCUGAAGAGCCUGAAUUUCAUUUAAAUCGUGAAUGUUUUGAAAAAGAUUUUCAUAAAUUUGUUUCUGUCAAAUGGUUUGAGGCUAGCAAUGCUGAACGUCAUUCACAUAUUCAACGAUUAUUAGAUCAUUUAGAGUCUAGUGAUUGUGAAAUACGUCAAAGAGCUACACGAUCACUGUUGUACUUGUUACAAGGAAAUUUUGGUGAUUGUGAAUUAGAGGAAGAUCAAAUAACAUGGGCUAGACAUAAUGUUUAUUUGUGCAUUGAAUCAGGUUUAUUACAAGCUAUUAUAGAACUUUUAUUGUUCGAAACUCACUAUGAUUCAUGGGGUGUAAAUUCAGUUGGAAAUGAUCCAGCAACUAACACUACUUGUAAUGGAUCAACUAAACCCAGUCAAUCUACAGCAGCAACAACUAUAAUUGAUACAAAUCAAAAUUCAACAGUUACAUCAACUCGACAAUCAAAUGUUACAAUGAAAGAUAGUGCAAAUCUUCGUGUUUUAUUGUCUAUUCUAUAUAUCAUGGUUGAAACUGUUCGUGAUGGAAUGUUAACAGAUCACGCACAACAAACUAUUUCAGCAGAUGAUAAACAUAUGUCAAUAACAACAAAUCAAGCCAGUAACGAUCCAAUGGCGAGACUGAGAGAACAGUUUGUGGAAGAUUUAGCCAUGCCUAUUGAAAAAGACGGUGAUCUCACAUUGACUGCUGUACUAUUUGGCAUGAUUCAUCGUUUUUGUAGUGGUAUUGAUCCACAUUUUCCAAUGAAAAAAGUUCUCUUGUUACUUUGGAAAGUUUUACUAAUAACACUGGGUCCUUUGAGCAGCUUAUUGGUACGUAAAAAUCAAGCACGUGCUCGUUAUGGUUUACCACCAGUUUCGGAGGAUUCUACACAUGUAAUUCAGAAAGUUCGUGCAAGUAGCCCACCUGUAAUGUGUAUUACAGAUCAAGUACUUUCUAGAAUGCAGCGUAAUAACACUAAUAAUAUUAAUAAUAACAAUCGACAUCCCAUCAUAAGUCAAUCAAAUCAAUCUCCUCGACAAGGUAGUUUAGCUGGAGGUCGUUUGGCGUUUGAACAACAGCAACAACAACAGUCUGUUGUCACUUCAGUGACUUUUCCAUUCUCAGCUGAUUCUUCUAAACUUCCUAUCAUUCAGAGUCAAUCACAAUCAACUGAGGCGUUUUCAACAACUUCAGGUUUUGAUACACCUCGACCAAGUUCACCUGUGUCAUCAGAUGCUACUAAUCGUGAUGAUGGAACAACUAAUCGUGAUACAAGUGAAUUGUUAAGCUCAUCUAAUUUAAAUCAACCAAACUUCAAUCAUCAUCAAGUUAUCCUACCAGGAUUAUCGAAUUUAUAUAUGGAUGAGAAGAGUUUACCAUGGAAACCGAAAGUAAAAAAGAAGGAUUUAGAGGCAUUUCUAACGAGUGUUCGCUUGAAAUUCAUUGGUUUUCAUGUUCCUAAUGAUAUAGUCUCUUUGGCUGGUCUUCCUGAACCAAUUCACGAAGCUGUACGUGUAAUGCGUGAACAUCUUUAUAUUUCAUUAGGUGAAAUGCAAAUUGAACGAGAAAAUGAAAUUGCUCAAAAUCCUCUGUCUAUGUUUGAAUAUGUCUCACAGUAUUUAGUUUUUGCUAAUUGUAUACCAUUGAUUUUGAAAUUUUUCAAUCAAGAAAUUACAUUUUAUAUUACAUCGAAAAAUACACUUUCUUGCUUAGAAUUCCCAGCUCGUCUAAUUGGGGAACAAGAAGCAUUAUCGAUCGAUAUGGUUUUUGGUGAUUGGGUUUCGUGUUGUUGGCGUAAUAUGUUUUCAUGUAUUAACCUAUUAAGGAUUUUGAAUAUGUUAACUAAAUGGAAACAUUCAAGAAUUAUGCUUCUCGUAGUCUUUAAAUCUGCGCCUAUUCUAAAACGUGCACUACGUGUUAGACAUGCAAUGCUUCAAUUGUAUGUAUUAAAAUUGUUAAAAUUACAAAGUCGUUAUUUUGGUCGUCAAUGGCGUAAAAAUAAUAUGUCAAUUAUGUCAGCUAUUUAUCAAAAAGUUAGACAUCGAUUAACAGAUGACUGGGCUUAUGGGAAUGAUGUUGAUGCAUUACCAUGGCAAUUUCAAGUUGAAGAAUGUUCAUUACGUACUAAUGUAGAUCAAUUUAAUCAACGUCGUUAUUCUGAUAAUUGGUUUGAUCCAGAAUAUAAACCAGUUGAUAAUUGUUUAAUGAGUGUACUUAGUCAAUCAAUAGAAUUAUCUAAUGAAUUUAAAGAAAAUUAUGAAAAAUGGCUUGAAGAAGAAGUGUUCUCAGUACCAAUUAAUUGGUCACAUGUAUUAGCUCAUUAAAAAAAUAACAAACUGUGUAUCUUCCUUUUUUUUUUUUUAAAUUUUAGUUGAACAUUUGAGUGACUCAAGAAAAAUUUUUUACCCCUUCUUUUUCUUGAAAAAAAAAGGAAAUCAUAAUACCGGUUUGUGUUUUCACUUCAAAUGAAGGGUAUCAUUAAUAGUACUAAGUAAACAAAUAUUCAGUGCAAUGUAAGACCUGUUUUGUUUUAUAUCUAAAUAUAUAGCUUAUG